UUUUCUGAGUUGUCUCCUGUCAUACCUCCUCCCCCCUCUACUUUUAACAGGGCAAAUUCUAUUAGCUUGAACAACAACCCCCCUCCCUUCAUAUCCCAUCAUCCAAAACUCCAGCCAGCACAUCCAUCCCUUGAGCAGGAUCAACCCCUCCUUAAACACUGGUCAGCUUCCACUCCAAAUACAGAUGAGUCUUCCAACUCUGACAUCACUUCAUCCAACAUGUUUUCAGCACUUCGUCUCUCAUCAUCUUCCCCCCCCAGUGUCACUGCUUUCUCUGAUGACAGCAAUUCCAAGCUGUCAUCAAAGCCAUCCUGUAAGCAUGCAUGGGAAACUGCCACUGACAAGCUUUCUUUGGACCUCACAUCUGUGUCAUUAACUUUUGUUAAGCAGUUUCAACAGGUGCAGCAGGAUAGGUCAGAGGUCAAGCAUCACUGGCUUGAGUAUGGAUACUGGAGGACUCACCAGAAGGCCACCACUCUUUUGGCUGAUCGCAAACACCAACUUACUAUGCAAUGUGAGCUGUUUGCACAUGAGGAGGUGAUGGUGGCUCAAGAGUUGGAGAAGAUGAAGCUCACUGUCAAGUUGGAGGAACUUUGGGCUCAGAACCUUGCCUUGCAAAAAGGUGUAGCUGGUGGUGAGGAUCAAGGCCCUUCAUCUAGUACUUAA